AUGGGGACGACAGCCCCAGGGCCCAUUCACUUGCUGGAGCUCUGUGACCAGAAGCUCAUGGAACUUGUCUGCAACGUGGACAAUAAGGACAUAGUGUGGCUGGAGGAGAUCGAGGAGGAGGCCGAGUGCACGUUCACCAGAUAAUUCAGCAAAGAGCCCGAGCUGAUGCCCAAAACACCUUCUCAGAAGAACCGACGGAAAAAGAGACGGAUUUCUUAUGUUCAAGAUGAAAACAGAUACCCCAUCCGGAGAAGGUUGUCCCACAGAAAGACGCGGAGCAGCCGUCAGAGCUCCCGGCACCUCCGCAGCAAGGACAAGGUGGUGAGGCUGGACACAGUGGUGGGGGAGAACGGCUCCGUCCUGCGGCGGGUGACCCGUGCUGCGGCCGCAGCUGCAGCGACCUCCGCGGCAGCCGCUCCUUCGCCCACCCCUGAGUCUCCCACGGUGCUGACCAAGAAGCCCAAGGAGAGCCUGGCCCAGUGCCAGCUGGUACCCGUGGUGGAGACUGGCAGCGAGCGCCGGAGCGCUGAGCAGCACCUCAGCCAGCUCCAGUCUGCCCAGGCUCCGUCCCCCACCCCGGCUCCGGCCACGGCUUCGGCCUCCCAGAUCACCUUGACCUCGGAGGAGGACUCAACACCCCAGAAGCCAGAGGCCGGAAGACUGGAAUCUGUCACCGUGAGCUCCCUGAUAACUACACCCCAGGACCCCAAGGGCCGAGGGGGCGGGGCAGAAAGGUCCGCCUCCAAGCUCAGAAUUGUGGCGACCUCCCCAGGCCCGCAGGACUCGCCCAGCUCUCCGGCCUCCCCGUGGCGGGAGCGGGUGCUGGCUCCCAUCCUGCGGGAUAACUUCUCCACGCCUACGGGCUCCCGUGUGGACCGCGGGUCAGUGCGGCGCAGCCUGAUCGCCCCGUCCUCCCCGGGUCCCCAGGUCCCGCUGGCCCAGAAUGGCUCCCUGGUUUCCAAAGAGGAGAGCACCGUCCGAAGAUCAAGCAGAAGGAUUGCCAGGAAGGCCACCAAAGAGCCGGCCGCCUCCGCCCGCAUCAUCUGCCACAGUUACCUGGAGAGGCUCCUGAAUGUCGAGGUGCCCCAGAAAGCGAGCCCCAAGGCGGAGGAGCCCAGCAAGGAAGCUGAGCCAGAGGAGGAGGCCGAGCCGGAGGUCCCCAAGAACAAUGGCAGUGCCUUGCGGCUCCGCAGUGCCACCAAGAUCGCCAUUAGCAUGCCCGGCUCGCAGCCUGCAGCCGGUGGCCAGGGAACGCCCUCUGAAGGGCGGCAGGAGGCCGAGACCGACCAAGCAGAUGGCCCCAAGGAGCCGCCUCAGAGUGUCAGGAGGAAGCGCAGCUACAAGCAGGCAGUGGGUGAGCUGGACGAGGAACAGCAGCUGGAGGAUGAGGGGCUGCAGCCCCCCAGCAGCAAGACCCCUUCCCCGCCCUGUCCCGCCAGCGAGGUGGUGCGGCCCCUCCGGACCUUCCUGCACGCCGUGCAGAGGAACGAGAUGCUCAUGACCCCGACCCCGACCCCCAACAGCAGCAUCAUGAAAUCCUUCAUUAAGCGCAACGCUCCCCUGCGCGUGGACCCCAGGGAGGAGCGGCAGCGCCUGGAGAAGCUGCGGCGUUAGGAGGAGGCCGAGCAGCUCCGCGGGCAGAAGGUGGAGGAGGACAAGCGGCGGCGGCUGGAGGCGGUGAAGCUGAAGCGUGAGGAGCGCCUCCCUAAGGUGCUGCAGGCCCGGGAAAGGGUGGAGCGGAUGAAGCAGGAGAAGAAGAGGCAGAUCGAGCAGAAGUUUGCUCAAAUCGACGAGAAGACGGAGAAGGCCAAGGAGGAGCGGCUGGCCGAGGAGAAGGCCACGAAGAAGGCAGCGGCCGAGAAGAUGGAGGAGGUGGAGGCGCUCAAGAGGCAGGAGGAGGAGGAGAGGCGCCACCAGGAGCUGCUGCAGAGGCGGAAGGAGGAGGAGCGGGAGCGGCUGCGGAAGGCGGCCGAGGCCAAGAGGCUGGUGGAGCAGCGCCAGGAGCGGCGGCGGGAGCGGGAGCGCAGCGCGCAGGAGCGGCGCCUGGCGGCGGAGCAGGAGCGGCGGCGGGAGCGGGAGCGCGCGCAGGAGCGGCGCCUGGCGGCGGAGCAGGAGCGGCAGCGGGAGCAGGAGCGGCUCCAGGCCGAGAGGGAGCUGCAGCAGAGGGAGAAGGUCCUGCGGCUACAGAAGGAGCGGCUGCAGAGGGAGCUGGAGGAGAAGAAAAAGGAAGCACAGCAGCGCCUGGCUGAGCAGCGGCUGCAGGAGGAGCCGGAGAAGAAAGCCAAGGAGGCCGCGGUGGCCAGCAAAAGCCUGAACGUGACCGUGGACGUGCAAUCUCCAGCUUGUACCUUGCAGCAAAUGACCCCCCCCAAGAUCAACCCACUUAACUACGGGAUGGAUCUGAACAGCGAUGACUCCACCGAUGACGAGGCCCAUCCCCGGAAGCCCAUCCCCAACUGGGCCAGAGGCACCCAGCUUAGCCAGGCCGUCAUACAGCAGUACUACCACCCCCCGAACCUUCUGGAGCUCUUCAGAACCAUUCUCCCACUGGACUUGGAGGACAUUUUCAAGAAGAGCAAGCCCCGCUGCCAUAAGCGCACCAGCUCUGCCGUGUGGAACUCGCCGCCCCUGCAGGGCACCAGGGUCCCUGGCAGCCUGGCCUACAGCCCGAAGAAGCACUGA